AAGAUUCAAAGUUCAUGAGCUUGCGUUACAAUUGCGGCGGUUACAAAGUGAAGUUGUGGGGUGACUUUAUAUGGAGUUGGGACCUUUGGGGUUGGGGAAAUUUGUCACUCUACUGUAACAGCUGCAAAUUGGUUGGGAACAACCAAGCUAGGUUGGCAAGGGUGGCCAACUUGGAUGGAUUGGUUGGGAAGGGACAAAUGUCAAAAUUGGGGUUCCUAUAGGGAGGGAAUCUUUGUGCUUAUGGGGUUUCCUUGGUUGGGGACUCUCUUGGGACCUUCCCUCUCAUCCCUCUCUUUCUAUCCCAACCUUUCUCUUGCUCCUCUAAUUUCCUUGAGAGAUUCUUGAACUUUGAUUGAACUCUUGAGAUUGAGUUAAGUUCUCCUCCUACAGCUUACCCCCUAGUGCGUCGAAAGCCAUAGCGUCGCGAAUACUUCAUCAAUCAACAUGAUUCAAUUUGGGAACGGUAGCUGAGCUUAAGACUACAACAUAUCCGAGUUUCGCGACAUUCCAACGGCUAGUUUUUUGUCGACGUCGUUUCUUGUGAGGACGACUUUUCUGUCCAGAAUUUCGGAUUUAUAUUUUGAGUAAUUCUAGCUCCUAAGUUCACCUAGACUUCGUCCUUAAUCCUAACAAGUGGUAUCAGAGCCAUAUUGAGGACAUUGAGAGGAGUCUACAGAAGUGUGAAGACCCUUCUAGACCCACCAUGGCCUGUGGGUGUGCCUAAGUGGUGUUCUAAAGGUUGGAUGUGACUUCCGCUAAGGGGAAACUCUGCCGAAAUUUCGUGGACGCCGACACUUGUGAAAAUAUCGAGGGAGCUGAGUGUGGACAGCAAAGGGGAGCUGAAAUUCGUCAUUUCUCAAGGAGAAGAUGAAUGAGAGAGGAGGAGAUGCUAAUGGAAGAGGAGCUGUACCUGAGAAGACAAGUGAGCCGCCACCAUCAAAAGUUGAAGCUUUGGAUGGCUCCAACUAUGAGGAAUGGAGCGGGCGAUGAGGAGUGCCUUCAAACGCUACAAGCUACUGAAGAUUGCUGUUGGGGAGGAGAAGAUGCCGGAAGAAGGCGAAGAACGCGAACGGUGGAUUGAGAAAAGCGCGGUGCUUUUCGACCUCAUCCUUCAAUCGGUCAACAAGGAGAUGUUCGAGCACAUCAAGGAUCUUGUGGAAGCGGAUGAUUCGGCAGCAACGGCAGCAGCGGCAAAGGCAACAGCAGGAGGAGAUGCAACUGCACCAACUGAUGGGGUGCUGGAAGCAGUCAAGAAAGUGCAGAAGCAGCAGACACAUGCAGACAAAGGGGAAGGACUAUGAUGAGGUGUUUGCUCCUGUGGGGAAAGGAACAACACUGAGGGUGCUGUUGGCGAUAGCUGCACUCCUGGGAUGGAAGAUUCGGCAGAUGGACAUUGUGACUGCCUUUCUGAAUGGGAUCAUUCUG